AUGGAGCCCAACAGUCCCAAAAAGAUACAGUUUGCUGUACCUUUGUUCCAGAGUCAGAUCGCACCCGAAGCGGCGGAGCAGAUCAGGAAAAGAAGACCCACCCCCGCAUCGCUCGUGAUUCUCAACGAACAUAACCCCCCAGAAAUAGAUGACAAGAGGGUGACCAACACGCAAGCAGAAUCACAGAAUGCAUCUCCAAAACAGAGGAAGCAGAGCGUGUACACAGCACCCACCAUAAAAGGGGUUAAACACCUGAAAGGCCAAAGUGGAUCAGCAUUCCCUGAAGAAGAAGAAGGGGUCACCGAAAGAGAAAAGCAAUGGGACCAUUAA